GCCGCUGCCCCUCCUUGCCUCCUUCCCCGCUGCGCCGCCGCGGGCGCCAUUGCCGAGCCGAGACGCACACCGCCGGCCACCUACGGCCGGCCAACCGCUGCACUGAGGCCCAAAACGGGUUCGACCCGUUGCGCUGGUGCCGGCCUCAUCGCCGUCCGGCGAGCCAAAGCGGCGGGGGAGGGGAGGGAGUGGAACUGGAGAGGGAGGCUCCCGAUGCAACUGGGGAGGAAGGGGGGAGGGGCUGGAGGAAGAUGGAGAUGGAUGUGGAAGAAGAUGCCUGGGUCCCACUAGUCAUAAGGGGGGGAGAACACCUUAUGCUGGGUUAAACCAGGGGCAUCGGAAUCUUUUCGCGUGGCCGAUCCACGCUGCCAGUAACUUCGCACGCCUUAUCAGUGGCAAUUUAUUAGGUUCGACAAAGUGUACAAGCAACAUCCGUAAUAUCCCCAAGAGCAGCGGUCGCACCUGCACCAAUCACCGGCGGCGCGGGGACACCAUGGCGGCGGUGAGGCACCGGCAGGUGGAGGCCAACGGCAUCUCGAUGCACGUCGCGGAGGCCGGCCCGGAGGGCGCCUCCGCGCCCGCGGUGCUGUUCGUGCACGGCUUCCCGGAGCUGUGGUACUCGUGGCGCCACCAGAUGGGGUACCUCGCCACGCGCGGCUACCGCUGCGUCGCGCCCGACCUCCGGGGCUACGGCGGCACCACCGCGCCGCCGGAACCGUCCUCCUACACCGUCUUCCACAUCGUCGGCGACCUCAUCGCGCUCCUCGACGCCCUCCGCCUCCCGCAGGUGUUCGUGGUGGGGCACGACUGGGGCGCCAUCGUAUCGUGGAACCUGUGCCUGCUGCGGCCGGAUCGGGUGCGCGCGCUCGUCAACCUCAGCGUUGCCUUCAUGCCUCGGCGCCCCGGCGUCAAGCCCGUCGAGUACUUCCGCGCCGCAUACGGCGAUGACUACUAUGUCUGCCGAUUCCAGGAACCUGGAGUUGAAGCAGAGUUCACUGCUUUUGACUUGAAGAAUUUCUUCAAAUUGGCAUUGACUGUUCAAACCACAGGUUCUUCUUCUAUGAACCUUCGAAAAAUGCAAGCAUACAAUAAGGAAAUAAAACUCCCUUCUUGGCUCUCUGAGGAAGAUGUCAGUUACCUUGCAAGUGUGUAUGCAAAAACUGGAUUUGCUGGUGGAGUAAAUUACUACCGCUGCUUAGACCUGAACUGGGAACUGAUGGCGCCAUGGACAGGAGCAAAGGUGCAAGUGCCUACUAAGUUCAUUGUUGGGGACGGUGACCUGGCAUACCAUCACCCGGGAGUGAAGAGCUACAUCCACAACGGCGGGCUCAAGAGGGACGUGCCUAUGCUUGAGGAGGUGGUGGUUAUCAAGGGCGCUGGGCACUUCAUCCAGCAGGAAAGAGCACUGGAAAUCAGUGAACACGUCUAUGACUACAUCAAGAAGUUUGGAACUGGUGUCUCAACACUAAAAAUCUCGAAACUGUGAGAUUGGUGGCCUCUGUACAGAACCUAGAUAGUCUGGGAACUUUGUAGCGCUGAGGAUUUCUUACGCUUGAAAAAGUGGAAAUAGUUAGCUAAGUUGUAACAUAACAUUUCUCAUGCACGCAGCACACUGUAAGUUUGUCCAUUGCAGCAGACACUACAAAACUUCGAAUGGGGUCGGUUGAUUC